AUGAAUAAAUUCAUCACCCUUUUCGUUUUAUUGGCCACCGUCUCCGUCGCUAUGAGCGCCACCUGUUUCACCUGUGUCAAGGAAGGAGCUGUUUGUGACGUAACUGCUAACUUCUGUGAAGAAGGAACCGUUUGCAUUAAGCCAAACUCCACCGCCGCUAACACUAUUUGCACUGUUUUGCCAACUUUGAACGAAGAUUGUACUGCAAUUCAAGUCUGUGAUGAUUCAUACACCUGCGAUACCACCGCCACACCAAAUAAGUGCAUUGAAGCUAAUUACUUGGGUGUUGGUGAGACUUGCUCUACUGACAAUCAAUGUUCAAAGACUUUGACUUGCACAUCUGGUAAAUGUACCAAUGCCAAUUAUCCAACCUGUACUGGUUCCCGUGUUGGUUGCAAGGCUGGUGAAGGUUGUGCUUUCAAUGGUACUGGUUUAGUCUGUACCCCAUUCAUUGCCAACGGUGGUGCUUGCAGUGCUACCAAUGCUUCCCUCUGUCUCCCAGAGAGCUCAUGUACCAAUAAUGUCUGCACUGCUCCAUUGACCUCAGGCCUCAACGGUAACUGUACCUCUAGCCUCAACUGUAACAUCGCCGCCGGAUUGUACUGUUCAUCAGGUAAGUGUGUUGCCGUUCCAGAAGCCCUCGACAACUGUACCCUCACCGGUGCCGACACCUGUUUGGGUGGUUACUCUGCCUGUAUGUGUCCAAGCAACGACGCCACCGCCAAGACUGGUUCCUGCAAGGCUGUUAUUGAGUACUCCGAUGUCACUGCUGCUGCUUACACCACCUACGUCAACUGUCAAGUUUCAUGUCCAGCUGUAGACAAUGUCCUCAGUCCAUCAUGUCUCUCCAAGUGUACUGAUCCAUACGCCGGUGCUUCCAACAACGUCUGUUCCUCUGCCACCACUAUCGCAUUCAAUGCUUUCGUUGUUUUCGCCAUCGUCUUGUCUGUUUUAUUGUUCUAA